UAUUGUCAAAAAAUUAAUAAAAAUAUAAAAGAUUUUUCUUACUUUGACAAAUGGUGUACACAUAAUUCAACCUACUUUACUUGAGGGAGUUGCAAGUUAUAACUACCCUUCAGUAUAUGUGCGCUUGUUUUUGUGUCUUUCUCUUUCCACAAAAAUGGCUUUCUUUAGAAAAUCCCACUUGAAAGGGAAGGACAGGGCCUUAAACUGUGUUUAUCAGUAAUUCCUCUUCUCUUUUAGCCUUUUGGAAAUAUUGGACAAGUUUAAGUGCUUCUUUUACCCGGUUUAUUGGUUUUCUCUUUUAAGUUACUUGAGCGAAGUUGCGGUUUUGGUAUUCAAAAGGGUAGGGAAAUGGACCUGGUAUCAGAUCAUUCAAGCUGGAAAUCAAGAGCGAACUUUUACAGGACUACUUUAUGUCUUGCUUACCAGACUCUUGGGGUUGUUUAUGGGGAUCUUAGCACAUCUCCUAUAUAUGUUUACAAAAGCACGUUUUCGGGUAAUCUGCAACUUUAUGAGGAAGAUGUUGAAAUUCUAGGGGUACUUUCUUUGGUUUUCUGGAGUUUGACUCUUAUCCCACUUUGCAAGUACAUUAUAUUUGCAUUAGGAGCAGAUGAAAAUGGUGAAGGCGGAACGUUUGCUUUGUAUGCACUACUAUGUCAAAACUCAAGGGUAGGCCUUUUGAGCACUGGAUAUCCAGCAGAUAAGCAUAUUUGUUCUUGCAAUUCUGAGAUAUCUAAAAGGGAGACAAGGACAAGCUUACUCAUGAAGGAGUUCUUUGAGAGGUAUAAGAGUUCUCGCGUUGUAUUGCUGCUUGUUGUUCUUCUUGGAACUAGCAUGGUUAUCGGUGAUGGAAUCCUUACUCCAACAAUGUCUGUUGUUUCUGCAGUUUAUGGAAUCAAAAUCAAGGCUACAGAGCUAGACGAGAAUUAUACUGUGCUCAUAACCUGCAUCAUCCUGGUUGGCCUUUUUACUCUUCAGCAUUUUGGAACACAUAGAGUUGGAUUUCUUUUUGCUCCAAUCAUGGUAUCAUGGCUGCUAUGUGUCGGUGGAGUAGGAAUCUACAACAUAUUUCAUUGGAACCCCAGUGUAAUACGUGGUCUGUCGCCGCACUAUAUUUAUAAAUUCUUUAGAAAAACAGGAAGAGUUGGAUGGAACUCACUUGGAGGCAUAGUUCUCUGUCUCACAGGUGCAGAAGCUAUGUUUGCUGAUCUUGGCCAUUUUUCCCAACUCUCUGUCAGGAUUGCAUUCACAGGGCUUGUUUACCCUUGUUUGGUUCUUGGUUACAUGGGUGAAGCUGCUUAUCUUUCAAAGAACAAAAUGGAUCUUCAAAAUAGCUUUUUCAAGGCCAUUCCAGAGCCUAUCUUUUGGCCAGUGUUUGUUAUUGCAACUCUAGCCACGAUGGUGGGAAGUCAAGCAAUAAUCUCAGCUACUUUCUCCAUAAUCAGUCAGUGUAGGGCACUCAGGUGCUUCCCUCGAGUGAAAAUAAAGCACACUUCGAAUCAGAUACAUGGGCAGAUAUACAUACCAGAGGCAAACUGGAUAUUGAUGUUGCUUUGUCUAGCUGUUGUUACUGGAUUUAGAGACACCAAUAUGAUUGGCAAUGCAUAUGGUCUUGCUGUAAUCACAGUGAUGUUCAUCACAACCUGCUUGAUGUUUUUAGUCAUCUGUAUGGUUUGGAAGCGAAACAUUUUAUUGGCAGUCUUAUUCGUAGCGAUCUUUGGAUCAGUGGAAAUGCUUUAUAUUUCUUCAUGCUUUGCCAAAGUACAUAAAGGAGGUUGGCUUCCACUUAUAAUCUCUCUGGUUGUUAUGUCUUUCAUGUCAUCCUGGCAUUAUGGGACUUCAAAGAAAGAUGCCUUUGAGCUGCAGAACAAGGUCUGCUUGGAUAGUUUCUUAAGCCUUGGACCGAGCCUAGGAAUCGCAAGGGUUCCUGGAAUCUGUCUAGUUUACUCCAAUCUCACCUCUAGUAUCCCUCCAAUGUUUGCACAUUUUGUCACAAACUUCCCUGCAUUUCAUCGGAUUCUCAUCUUCGUCAACCUUAAGUUAUUUAUGGUACCGAAUGUUCCAGGUGGUGAACGUUUUCUUGUUAGCCGUAUUGGCACACCAGACUUACGUAUCUUCCGGUGUAUAGUGAGGUAUGGUUACAAAGAUAUGAUGGAUAGCUAUAACUUCGAAAACAAUCUGAUUGAGAAGGUCGCAGAGUUCUUGAAACAAGAGUGCAGCAGUGAUAACAUGACAGUCAGAAAGCAAUCACCAGACAAUACGAAUGAUGCAACCGGAGAUGAAGGGGUUGAUGGUGGUGGAGCAGAGAGAAGAAGAGAAGUGGGGUUUCUAAGUUUAGGAUCCUCUGAGGAAGUGAAGGAGCUCAUGGAAGCUAAAGAAGCUGGUGUGGCUUACAUGAUGGGAAACACUUAUGUCAUGGCAAGUGAGACUUCUUCUUUCAUGAAGAAGAUUGCAAUUGAUGUUGUCUAUGGAUUUCUUCGACGGAAUUGCAGGAGACCAGCCACUGGACUUGGAAUCCCAUCUACCUCACUGAUUGAAGUGAGAAUGCUUUACAGGAUCUAACUACAGCAUGGAGUACAUAAAGUUACAAGCUUCUCUCUAAAAAAAGAAAAGAAAAAAGAAAUGAGCAUUGAGAGCUUUGGAAGGUUUAGUUUAGAAACUAAGGAAUACAUAAUGAGAAUUAUGUAUUAUAAACUAUGUAUAUGUUGUGGAGGUUUUACUAAAUUAAUACAAAAAAAUUUGACUAGAAAA